AUGGGAAUCAUAAACCUUUCCUGGUUAUUCCCAGAUACUAGCGAUCUUGGUAAAGUCAUGCUGCGCAUUUGUGAACUAUUUUUCAAUUUAAAUCUGAUGUGGCCCUGUAGGGAAAACCGAAUAAUCGUAAUAGCCGCUUGCAUAAUCACAACGUCAUUACAAUUUUUUAUGUUUUGUGGUAUAUUUGCCUACAUAGUAAACAAUUUAAAUGAAUUUAACGAAGUGACGUAUGCCCUAUUUAUGAUUGUACUUCCAACAGGGCCUAUUCUCAAAAUGCCGGUAAUUGCCUAUAAAUCGAAGGAAUUUAAAAAACUCAUCAGCCAAAUAUCUACGAAGUAUUGGCCGAGUGACUUAUUGGACGUGGGGAGCAAGAAUGAUUUUAAGGGAAUUUAUACGGCGGGAUUUACGGUAAUAGGAGCGAUGUUGGGUUUAGGUUUUGUAUUUACCACUGCCUUAUGGGUUCAACCGCUACUUUCCUCGGAAAUUACUUUUCCAUUGCCAUCACUCUACCCUUCUGGUUGGGUCAACGAUUAUACAUUUUGGUUGUUCUACGGUCUACAAGCAAUAUAUCUUAUAUUCGUAAUACUUGUCGGAACUGGAUCGGCGGAUUUUUUAAUACUUUCAGUAUGUAUUUACACAGCCAACCAAUUUUACCUACUUCAACAAUGUUUUCUUGUUUAUAACACCGAUGAGAUGGCAGAAGUUAAUAAGAAACUAAGAGCUCUGGAUAAGGAAGACAUGCAGAAAUACUAUGGUUAUACAGAAAAAGAAUAUUUGGUUAGAUGCGUGAAGCAUCAUGCAAUGCUUUUAAGGUAA